AUGCCUCUUAUCACGAGCACGGGCAAGCCUCGCGUGAUCCUAGGUCUGAUGAUCUACGGACCGGACGAGGAGGCCGGCGCCCGCAUCACGGACCUGGGCGAGUACAACAAGAUGCUGGAUAAGUUCCAGGAGCGCGGCUACAACGAGGUCGACACGGCACGCCUCUACGUCAACGGCAAGCAGGAGGCCUUCACGCGCGAGGCGAAGUGGAAGGAGCGCGGCUUGACGCUGGCGACCAAGGUUAGGUAUCCGGCUGCUCCGGGCGACAACACGGCCGAGAAUGUGCUGGAGAGUGUAGAGACGAGCUUGAAAGAGUUGGGGACGGAUUGCAUUGAUAUCCUUUACGUUCACGCUGCCGACCGUGCAACCCCCUUCGCCGACACCUUCAGUGCCCUCGACAAGCUCCACAAGGCGGGCAAGUUCGUCCAACUAGGCGUCAGCAACUACACAGCCUUCGAAGUAGCCGAGGUUGUGAUGCUGUGCAAGGCCAACGGCUGGGUGCGCCCGACCAUCUACCAGGGUAUGUACAAUGUCAUCACGCGGGGCAUCGACGCGGAACUGAUCCCGGCCUGCCGACGAUACGGCCUCGACAUCGUCGUGUACAACCCCGUGGCGGGCGGGCUGUUCAGUGGCAAAAUCAAGAGCAAGGACAUGGUGCCGAGCGAGGGUCGCUUCAGCGACAAGACGACUAGCAUAGGCAAGAUGUACCGGGGGCGGUACUUCAAAGACUCAACGUUCGCGGCGCUCAAGACGAUCGAGACGGCCGUUGAGCAGCACGGGUUGAGUAUGAUUGAGACGGCUCUCAGAUGGACGGUACAUCACUCGCAGCUCAAGGUUACGGAUGGAAAUGAUGGCAUUCUUAUCGGGGCAAGCAGUCUCGCGCAGUUGGAUGAGAAUUUGGCGUGUUUGGAGAAGGGGCCAUUGCCUGAGGAAGUGGUCAAGGAGCUUGAUAAGGCAUGGUUGAUUGCUAAGGCAGAUGGGCCGAACUAUUGGCAUAAGGAUCUGGAAUAUACGUAUGACACCAAAGAGGCCAUUUUUGGUAAGAAUAAGAAGUGA